GAAGGCGACCUGCAGAUUGGACCACAAACCCCCUCCCUCCCUCUCUCUUCUGGCAAUCGCCUCAAAAUUUCCCCCGAAACCCUCAUUGUCCUCUCGCGGCAGAUCCAGUCCGGCAAUCUCCCUUGGGAUGGCCUCCAACGGGAGCUCCGCGAGGGUUGAAAGCACUGAGAGCAGCUUGGAGAGGAUCAAGCGCCAGCUUACGUCGGGAUCGGGGAGGUACCUGCUGCAGGGCCCGCUUCUCAAACGAUCGGAGACGCUAAGGAAAUGGAAUGAGAGAUGGGUUAUCUUAGAUCCAACAACUGGAAAGAUGGAAUACAAGACUCGAAGAAAUGAAGCAGUUAUGAAGGGGACCAUCAUUUUUGAUUUGAACAGCACAAUCACUAUCUCCCCUGUAAAUUUCCAUGGGCUGCAAAAGUAUGAUGGUUGCUGCUUCUACAUUGGAACUCCUCAGAAGAAAGAGUAUUUCCUUUGUGCUGAAACACCUGGUGCUGCAAGAGCUUGGGUAUCCACUUUGCAUGCCACUCAGCUGGUGCUACGGGCUCAUAGAGAGGCAGUGAAUAACUUGACCGGUAAUGGCCCUACAAAAUUAGGAACAGUUGCUACCGUGGUUGCAGCUGCUAACUCAACUGCAAUGGAAGCAUCAAAAGAAAUUGAAGCAGCAAUGAAGAUAUCCAUGAGAGCAGCUCUGGGCUUGGUGGCUAAUAAGCCAAAUGAAGGUCAUCUUGAUGAUCUUACAAUUAUGAAGGAAACUUUAAGAGUGAAAGAUGAGGAACUACAGCACCUAGCUAAGGAUAUUCGUGCACGAGAUUCCACCAUAAAAGAGAUAGCAGAUAAGCUAACAGAGACUGCUGAAGCUGCAGAAGCUGCUGCCUCUGCUGCUCAUGCAAUGGAUGAGGAGAGAAGACUUGCAUGCAUGGAAAUAGAGCGCCUAACCAGGGAUGCGGAGAAAAAACUUGGGAUAUCCCAGCUUAAGAUAAGUGAAUAUGAAGAAAAAGUAGUGGCUCUAAGCAAAGAGAAAGAGCUUUUGCUCAAGCAGAGAGACUCUGCUCUUCAGGAGGCACAUUUAUGGCGUUCAGAGCUUGCAAAAGCAAGAGAACAAGCUGUGGUACUAGAAGCAGCUGUUGUCAGAGCCGAAGAAAGGGCCAGGAUUUUAGAGGCAGAUGCUGAGGCAAGAAUAAAAGAUGCUUCAGAAAAAGCAUUGGCUGCUGCAAAAGAAAAAGAGGAUCUCUUGGCACUUGUCAAUAUUUUGCAAUCACAAGUUGAGAGAUCGCAAAGCAACACAAAGCAGGUCUGUGAAGAAAGGUCUGAGUCAUGCUCUGGUGCUGAUGACACCCUUCCAUUGACAAAGCAUGUCGACUCAUCGGAGGAUGAUGUGGAUAAAGCCUGCUUAAGUGAUUCAAGGGUAGUCCCAGUUUCUGCAGACAGUGUGGUCCAGCUAGCAGAAGAUGGAGUUGAAAUCCAUUCAAUCGGGGAUGCUGAAUGGAGUGGUUUCCGACCUACUGACCCAAGGAUAGCUGAUGUCCGUGAAAUCUCUCCUCAAGCAGAAGGAAGCAGCUUGGACAUUAGUGUUGUUGAUCCAACGGUUGAUGCGCAUCAGCUGGCAGUGAACACUCACCAACCUUGAUACUGAGUACUUCUUUUAAUAAUUUUGUGGUGGUUGUGAGCGACAAAUCAGUUUAUACCAUCAAAUAAAGUAUUUAUGGUGUGACAUGCCUAGGCAUAUGUUUGGAACUUGAGUUUUGCGUUGAGAGAUUCAAGGGACAGAGUACCAGGACAUCUAAAAAAUAGUGUCAGAAAGAGGGUGUACCAUUGUAAUGGUGAUAAACAUACAAAUGUCAAUAAUGGUUUUUCAUCUAUUCAAGAUGUGGCUUGAUCAUAUCAACCAUCA